GUUUCUCACUCAACACAAAUCACCUCAACCUCCAGGUUCGAACUGUCUAUCAAACAAAUCAUACAAAAUGGACUUCAGCAACGGUCUUGGGAUAUCAUUUGGCACAAGCCAUUCUGACUUUGGAGAAAGUGAAGAUAACUACGAAGAAUCAAAUGAAUCUCGCAAGAAUCGUCAAGUUCAUCAUGGUCAAAAGAUGGAAGAAAGUGGAGAGACUGCAGAAGAACAAAUAUCGUUCGAGUCUUUACUUGCUGACCCUGAGGCCACUCCCCGACCAAGCUCUUCCUACCAAAAUCAAUUCACCCCCAUCAAUCAAACUUCACGUAGUGCACCAGCUCAGUCCUGUGGUCAACCACAUCAAUACAGCCAGCCGAGCGAUCCCUUUCAUCCUUUGGAAAACAAUGGACAUCUCCAGGGUCACAUGAAUGCUAUUCUUACUUCGCAUAACAACCGUGGCCAAGAAAUCCCUCAAUCUUUGCAAUUCGGCGGAGAUCCGCAGUUCAAUAGCCAUGGUCACUCUGAGUAUGGCUUCCAGAACAUGUCGAACCAAACCCGAAUGGGUACUCAACAUGGUUCUGAAAACUCUGGUUUGCAAUCUCAACAACUUGCACAGAACAAUAAUCAACAAUACAUGUCUUCCGCAAACAUGCAACACCAAGAACAUUCUGGUCAUCCUCCAUCUUAUAAUCUUCAGACCUAUCGAACUUUGUACCGGAACCAGGCAGAUUUCAGCGAAGUGAGCGAUAGUUUGAGCUUUCAGCCAAAGCCAGGUUGUUUGAGGCUCAGCAGAUUUCGUCCAAUGUACAACAACACAAGUCAGAUGCAAGGAAAUCAACUUGGCGAUCAAGGUCAAAGUUUGUCUUCUGGAAGACAAGGCAGAAUCUCAAACGAUAAUAACAUGAGAAGCAACAGCAGCAGCAACUGCAACAGCAACAAAUCCUCUCGUCGCGCUCCCGCACGGAAAGACCAAGAGCCCGAAGAAGAGAGAUACUGGAAUGGAUUCGACACAUACCGCUCAAUGUGGCCUGUUCAAGAUUAUGCUAUUAAGAACAUCUUGCCUGGAUCAUGUAUUUCACACUUCACUCCUGGCGAGCAAGAGUUUGUCAUUACAAUGAUGCAGUAUCUAGGAUUGAAAAUUUGGCCAAUUACGUGCACUGAGGAUAUCCAAAAAUUCAUGGAUCAUGUCGAGUCAGUCAAAUCGAAUUUCAAGUCGAAACAAGCACGCCUUCGAGCAGAAGCUGGUUUGCCUGAGCUUCCUCCACCUGAAGAGAAUGAAAAAUCUCGAAAAGAUGAUGAGCCUUCUCUACAGCCUACAUCUUCAUUCCCAGAAGUAUCGCCUUAUUUUGUUCUUGCCUCCGACCAUGGAGAACCAAUCUUUGGCCAGGAUCCAAGAGACUAUCGCCUCGUAGGACAGGGCCACUCGCAUCAACCAGAUGAUAGAUCUUUCAUACCAGUAGGCUCGGAACAAAGGAUCCUUUCAAGUAAUAAGUUGUCAGCUCAAGAACUCAACUCGCAACUUCGUCCUCCACCUCUCAUUACUCAACACUUUCAUCCUCAAGCUUUCUCGUCACAUUACAGUAUGCAGAAUCAGCAAGGAUAUCCAUUGAUUCAUCCAAGCAAUUCAUUCCAUUCAUCCAUGGCUCAAGGAAUGAACAGACCUUUGGAUUUCUCGUAUCAAGAUGUCGGAUUCAAUGGUGGUCCACCACAGCAAUACAGUCACCAUGAUUAUGCGAAUCAAGCACAGCAAUACCAUCAUCAUGGCCAAACUUUUGAGUACAGAUCCUUUCAUGCUCCACCCCCAGAAAUAAUUGAAGAGCACGAGGAAGACGACGAACAGCAAGAGGAGGUAACAGGCACUGAGUCUUCGUCUCAGGCCGCAGAACAAGAACGCGAACAUGGACAAAAACAGGAACAAGAACAGCUCGCACCCCCACGACAAGAAGAACCACAACAAGGGAAGGGGUAUUAUUAUGUAGAUGGGUGUGAUGGAGAGAGGGUUUGGUGUGAUGGAGUAGAAGGGGAGGGUAGUGAGGAGGAAAGUGAGGAUGAAGAUGGGGAUGAAUAUGAAGAUGAAAGUGAGGAUGGGGAUGAAUGGGAGGAAGAUGAACAGUUAAGAGGAGUCCCGGAAUGGGUCAAGCAGGCUUUGACUGAUGGACCGGAAUUGGAUAAGAAUGAGGAAAGGAGAAAAGAAAUAGAGUAUCGGGCGAUGAUGGCACGGAAGGUGAAAGAAAUACUUGCCAGGAAGAAAGCGAAGGAGAGAGGAGAGAUUCCAGGAUUUGGGUUUGAUAGCGGUUUUGGAUCGAUGGAUAUUGAGUCAUUGUUCGAUGAUGCAGAGAAUCGUGAGGGGUAUGAUGUGAAUCAAUUCGAUCCAGAGUCAACCGGUAAAGGGAAACGAAAAUUGAGAAUUAUUGAUCCAGAAGAUGAUAUCGAUGAAGGAUCGCCAGUUAAGAAAUGGAAAGGAAAAGGUCGAGCCGCGGACUCAGAUGAAGAAUUGGAUGAGCGAGAGGUGGCUAGGAAAUACGCAGAUAGGGAUAAGAACACGGGGAAAACAAAAGUGUUUGAACUUGCAAAGGAAAAGGGAGUUGAAGAUUACCUUUUUGGAGAUUCUGCAGAAACGGCUCGAAUAGCACAGGGUUUGGGUCUUCAAACUUUUGGGUAUGAACGGGAAAUGAAUGGAGAUGAUGACGACCAUAUCUCCGAGGACACUGAUACCUUACAAAGUGGCUACAAUACCACACGAUAUCCCAACAACUACGAACUUGAAAACGAAUCCGCGACCGCAGAUCCAGAGCUCGCUGCAACCGGUAUCAUCCUCCCAGUCACAUUUCCCGCCCCCUCACACGACACUUCUGAAGCCGAUCUCGAAAGACCCCCCCAGCCAGCACCCUACCUUUCACUCCGCAACUUAGGCCCCUUCAAUAUCUUCCAGUCACUCCUCCUCACCCCCGAAAUAAUCCUCGAAUUCGUGCGCUACCUCUCCCCCCAAAACCUCCUCACUCUCUAUUCCAUCUCUCGUCCCUUCCACGCCAUUCUCUCCCGCUGGAUGGCCCACGCCAUAAAAUCCAUCGUCAAACACCAAGCCCCCUACUCCUACACCAUCUACCCCUUCGUCCUCUACCGCGAACUCAGCAUGCCCGAUCCUCUCGGCACCCUCAAUCACUCCGGCCAAAUCCGUCGGGUCCCCAGCCCCAAAUACCACCAAAUGGUACUCCACCGCUGUCGCGUCGUACGCGACAUCCUCGCCAGCCUCGCACGCCAGCAUCUCCGCUGCCCCCCCGGCACAAACCACUCCCUCAAAAAAGUCUGGUUCCUCAUGGAUCUCUCCACAACCCUCGACCGCGUCCGACUGAUCCACAACCGAGCCUUCUUCACCAACCAAGAUCUAUACAAUAUCCAGCACUUCAUCGUGAAACUCGACAUGCGACUCAACUGUCCCACCGACGGACCGGGUUCUGAUUUCCUGCGCAAACUCAUGCUCGGCCAGCGGGGCCUCACUCCGCUUUUCCGCUUGCUGACUCGAACCGCGUUUACAGAUCUCUAUGAAUUGUACCACUACAGCGUGCGCUAUUCCUACACCCCUCUUACUCCAGCGCCCGAUCUGCAUCUCGGACUCUUUGGAGUUCCCGAACAUGAAAUCGGGACCGCGCAUCUAGAGGGCUGGGGAAAGGGAACGAAACAUCUAAUGCGGAUCGAUGAGCUCGUGAUGCGUGAAGCCACGCGCAGAGAAUUGGGAUUCAAAGAACAUAUUAUGAUGAUGUUACUCUGGGGGUAUGUAGAUCCGGUGACGGGGGAGAAUCUGCAGCCGAGUAGAGAGGAGAUGUAUAUGAGCGACGGAGAAGGCGAGGAGUUGGAGAGCGAGGGAGAUCCAUGGGAGGGAACGGGGAUGAAUAUGCAGAGAUUGGAACAAGUUGUUUUAGGGAGGGCAGAGGAAAGUGAUGAAGAUGAAGAUGAAGAUGGACAGGAAGGAGAAGAAGAAUGGGAGGAUGACAAUGAAUUUGAAGAUGAAACGAUCGACGCAGGGUUUCAGGAAAUAGACGAUCCUUGGCUGUGAGUUGGAAAGAUGGGAAUUCGAACUUCGAGAAAGAAUGGAUAGCUUGAUGCUAUCAUUACAUUAGGUCAACAGAAAAGAGACAUGCCUUUUUUGUAACAUAUUGAACUGUAGGAAACACUCAUGUAAAUACAAGAAUUUAAUACCAGUAAUAGUCAAAGAAACAUGACAAAUACCA